AGCAUGAAAUGGUUUGUGUACACAAUAACGUUUGAACACUGAUGUUAAUAUUUAUCUUUGAAAAAGUCAAUAGUUUUAAGAAGAAAUUUCAUACGUGCUUACAAUAACAAAUAAACUUGACCCCUAUUCAUGCGUAUGUGAUAUGAAUCGGUAAAAUAAAAGCGAAGCAGGUACUUAAGCGCUCUGCCAUAAAUUCAAAUUUGUUGGUAGCAAAACCACGUUUUUACAGUUGAGACACGUGGAAUGUAUAGAUAUUCAACAAAAUAAUUAAAGGAGAUGGGAUAAACACAGUUUGCUGAGAUUGAAUACCAUAUAAUUCUAUUUAAACCCGUAGAAAAGGAGGAGCUCGGGUCAACGUUUUUCUUAUUGGAUAAUGAAUGGCUUUGGAAGGAAGAAAAGAAUGAAAAUAUUUGGAUAUACUAAUUAACUCCAGUAUACUUAAUACAAAAGAUUGACAAGUCUGUAAAGAAAAAGUUGAAAUGAGCUUUCUACGAUAUUCAGUCAAUAAUUUUGUAAACGAUAGUUAUAGUAUCUACCGACUUCUAUCUCUAUAAUCAUAUAGGAGAUGAAAGUCUGUCACAGCGUCGACAUUCCUUCAGAUGACCGAAACAUUGGCACAUAGUUAUACUUAUUCCUAUUGUUUGACAACAUGGACAAAACAUAGACAACUAUUAACGUGUGUAGAUACCGUAUUUUUAGCAAUGUGAACUCAUGGAACUAUUCCGAUUUAUUUUUAUUUUUUAUACCUAUCAUUCUCAAUGGAAAGAACAAUUAUUUAAUCAUUUGUGAGAUAAAUCGUGCUGGGUCAGGAAUGAUGUUAUUAACAAUUUGAAGCCUUCGUGCGGCUAUUGUUCUUUGCCAUGCUAUACAGAACUCUAGUGUUCUUUACGAUUCAUGUAUUCUGGACGAUAUGUGGAUCCCGUAGUAGGCUUUCGCUUUGGAUUGAUGAGAAACAAGUGAACAACAUUAUCGGAAUAGAUAUGGAAAUAUAUAUUAUUAGUGAUGGAAAGGUAGUGCCGUACUUACAACAUCCCGAAUUUGACAAAUUUGUUAUUCCUUCAAAAGUCGAUACUGUUAAUUUAACAUGGGAAGCUGGUCAUGAUACGUUUACUUAUUGGUUUGAUGAGCUAAGAACACUAGACGUUAAGUUAUUGUACACACCACUUCUAAGCAUUCCAACAUCUGGUGUAAUCCCCGCUGGACCAAGUAUUUUUCAAAUAUCCAUACCAUGUACGGGUAAGGAGGACGGUAUAUCAACGUUGAUAUUAGGACUACAAAUAUUCACCGACAAAGGUAGACCAAUUAAGGGAUCCCCUAUGAAGCUAACUUUGAAGAAAAAAUGUGAUGCUUUUGUGCCAUCAACUCGCUGUAAGUUUAAAUGUUUAAACGGAGGAUUCUGUAACCAUCUUGGUCUAUGUGAAUGUGCACAGGGCUUCCAUGGUCAAAGUUGUGAAAAAUCUCUCUGUGAUCCAAGUUGUGAAAAUAAUGGUACGUGCAUGUCUCCAGAAGUUUGUAUAUGCCCAGAUGGAUUUUCUGGCAAGAGGUGUGAACGAGCUUUAUGCCGAGAACCUUGCCAACAUGGGGGUCGGUGUAUACAAGAAGAUGUUUGCUGGUGUACCAAAGGAUAUAUGGGCAAUGCUUGCCAAUUCAGCAAAUGUCGGCCGGACUGUAAACAUGGAGGAAUUUGUGUAGGAAACAAUAAAUGUCAAUGUCCAGCUGCGUAUUCCGGUGCAAUAUGUGAGACGAGGGAAACUGAAAGACCGAGAAGGAGUAACCAAUGGAAACGGAAAAAGAAGAAAAAGAAACGGAAAAAUAGGAAAGGUCGUCCAAGAAAAAAGAGCCGAAAUAAAAAAGUCCGAAAGAAUUCUAAAAGAAGAAAUAGUAAAAAACGAAAAAGACGAAAAUCUCUAUUAGCUGAAGUGGAGAGAUUUUCAAGACGUCAACGAAAGAAAAAGGAUAGAGAAUUGAAAAAACAGUUAGACAAACUGAAAAAGAAAGAAAAACGGAGGAAAAGACGCAAAUUAUUUGUGCGGUGAAUGAAAUAAUGUACAUUGUAACUUCAGUGCUGUCUGGCAGAACAUCGAAUUAUUACAUCUCCACGGGGAUUGAUGAGGAUUGGAGCUGACACUAAGUUCUAUUAUGAAUGCACUUAAAAGAUGUUUUACAUGAAAUACAUUAGAUAGACGAUAAUCGAUUGCGUGCAUCGAUGCUUUAUUUUUACAUGUAUGCAGAUCUAGAGUGCGUUUAAAUGACACAUGCCGGCAAUAAGGUAGAAUCGAACCUGAAUAUUCAAAGAUUUCAUGUUAAAAAUUGCCUUUCAAAAAAGAAAUAUGAGAAUGUGAUCCCGAAAAAAACUAUUGAAGUCCAGAAUUUCGUGGAACAUAUUUCAUGAAGAAUCUUUAAUUUAUUAUGCUAGUGCAAAUGUAGAGAUAUUGUAUGGUAAAAUCUUGUCAUUGCAAUGAUAAGAAAGAAAAUUGCUAUGGUGUAUAUAUAUUGUAAUUUUGUUCAAGCAAAAGAUAUUUGUUAUACUGUUACGAAAUAGGGUGUGAUUUAUAGUUGUAAAUUUAUUAUGAAUGUUAAGAUCGAUCGAUGCAAGGAGAGUACUAUUUGUCUGUUGUAUACAAGAGUUGUUUAUUUUUGUUUUUGUUUAUAUUUAUUACAUGGAGUUAGACGGGUCUCAUAAACAAAGCUAUACAUAGUGUGUUCUUUGUGGGUUGUGAUUCAUAAAAGAAUGGAGUUUCUUGUUCUGUUUAUUUAUGUUAAGCUGAAUGUAAAAAUGAAAAUUUUAUGGCAUUAGAUGUAGGAUCUUAACACGACUGUCUAUAGAUAAAUGUUAUUUUCUGAAACAGUGAGUUACUGUAAAUAAAAGCAAACUAUUGUUAUUAAAAUGUUUCUAAUCUUGCAGGCGACAUUCGCUACAAAAUCGGACCAAUUAAGAAGCCAUAUAAUUAUCAACUGUUGUACAUUAGAUUUAUUUUGCGAUCUUAUAAUAGCGCUUCCAGAAGUUUAGCUAGUAUUUAAAAAUCAUUUAGUCCCGGUAUCGAUGAUGAGUUUAUUUUAAAAUAUUUAAAUUUAAAAAAAUAAAUCAAAAUAAGUAUUUUUAUUGUCUUCAAUUGGAUGUUGAGCCAAAACUAUCUCUAUCCCAUUUUUGGAAUAAAACAUCGGAUGUGGAUCCUAUAAUUUUACAUGAACAUUAAAAAUUUAUCUUAAUGUAUUUUUCUGGUAAUUAAAUUGUUAGUCAAUAUUAUAAUUUUUUUAAUGUAUUGAAACUUUUCGUUUUUUUUUUUCACAAUUCAUUAUGGGGAAACUGUUCAUUUCACUAUGCUACCUUCUUACCUCUUAAACAUGCGAAAUGUAAAGUUCUUAUAUGAAAAAAAAACAAGGAUCGUACAUGUAGUUGUGUUGGUCACCUGACUUUACUAACUUUAUCUAGGCAAAACCUUGUUUUUCUGUACAUUUUACCGCUUUGGGUGUCUAAAAAGAAAAUUGUGGUUAAAGAAUGCAACUUACAAAACUAUGGUGUAAUGUAAAUGCUAAUUUAUAAUGUUUUUUUGACAGUCACUAUAAAUAUUCAAAAACAGAUUAUUGUACUGAAUUUUUAAUGUCUCUGAUAUUAAUAAACGGUGGUAUGAUUGACAAUACAUUACAAAAAUGUAACAUUUUAAGUUCAU